AUGGACGGGUCAGGAAGCCCUCUUCAAUCUCCCUUUGAAGCGCUGUACGCCGAGCUGUGCAACUCCUUCAAUCGUUUCGAUGAGAUGAUGCAACAGGGCCCCUUUGGUUCUUUUGGCUUCAUGCGCCCCCCUUCAUUUCCUUCUCUUCAGCAGGGGGUAGGAGAUGCAACCGGGCAGCAGCAGCAGAUGCAGCAGCUGCAGCAGCAGGGCUCUGGAGGUCGCCAGCAGCAGAUGUGCCCUUGGGGCGGCAACAGCAGCAGCAACAGCAACAGCAUGGUGCAGCGAGGGCCUCAUGGAAGCAGCGCGAGUUGGUUUACACACAACAGCUGUAUUCCUAGAAUAGAUUUAAAAGAUGCAGGAGAUAAGUUAGUGCUGCAUGCAGAUAUCCCUGGGAUAGAUAAAAAAGAUGUUAAGGUAGAGGCACAUGAUGGUUCUCUUCAUUCAAUUCGUCUGCAUGCAGCAGUGCUAGGACACCCAGUAGUUGGGGACUGUACGUACACCGCAAACUUUCGCUCAUUUGCUGCCUUUCCUGAAGUAAAAAUUAAUCAAAUACUUCAGCAACAACUUAUUCAAAUCCAGCAGCAAUUAAGGAAUACACCAUACGACAUCAAGCAGCAGCAGCAGCAGCAGCAGCAGCAGCAGCAGGUGCAGCAGCAGCAGCAGGAGCAGCAGGUGCAGCAGCAGCAGCAGCAGCUGCAGCAGCAGCAGCAGGAAGUUGAGCCUUUGAUGCUGAUCCCGCUGUGCGUGAGGGGCCACUGGCUGGACUUAGAAAAGUUUGCUUCAUCUAGCAGCAGCAGCAGCAGCAGCAGCAGCAGCAGAAUAGAAGAAGCAGAAACGGAGACAGAUGGCUGGAGAAUGUACAGCGACUGUCUGUCUCCUCUGCUGCAGCUGCAGCCCCUUAGCAGCACACGCCUAUUAGCAGCAGUAAAGAGAGAUAUCAACAAAGACAAAGAAAUAUAUAUAAACAAAGACAUGAAUGUAGACACAACUUGUUCUUCACAGGGGUCUGCGCUGCUGCCGAGCAGCCCGCAGCAGCAACUGCAGCAGCUUCAGCAGCAACUGCAGCAGCAGCAGCAUCAGCAAAUACAGCAGCAGCAGCAGCAGCAGCAGCAGCGUGAAGAUUCAUUUUGCACCUGUGCUAAAAAGAGCGGGAUGCUAGAAACGAUUGACCUAUGGCGUAAGUUCCGCUGA